ACGUCUGCUGCACGGAGGGAGCACAGCAAGCCGUGUUUGCCAAGUCCUCCGGUCACUCCACCUGGUGACGCGCAGCCCGGUACACAGACAGGACAUUUACCCUCCAGUGCACGCAGUUGUUCCUUUUUUUUUUUCUUCUUCUUCUGUGAAAUGUAACAGCCGUAUUUGUUGGAUGAAAAGCAGCCUUCAUUCAUGAGCAGCAUCGCAGCGAAACAAGGACAAACGCCGGGGAACAGGAGCGGCGAGCGGCCGGGGAGGUGCAGAGAGCCAUACUCCAAAGAUCUAAUUUAUCUGUGAUGAGCAUCCCCAUCCACCAGAGACCAAAGGCCUGUCCUUGUUGUUUCCUCUGAGAGUAAGAGGAAGUGAUGUCACGCAACCACCACCACUUUGACAGAGACAUCCGGGGACCCUGGGAGCGGAGAGACAUCCGUCCUUCUGGCCUCCACAAUGGAGGAGCCAAUCACAGCUGCUCCUCUGCCAUCGUCAACGGCAACAACCGACCAGGGCUCCUCCCACUCCCGGUCAUCCCCUCCCUCCUGCCCAUUCCUGUUACAGUCGCCGUGACGACAUCGAGCAACGACAUAGCGGUCAACCGAAGCAUCAAAGCAGCAGCCUCGGCCAAGGUCUCAGGUGUGUCUCCUGGGGACAAUCAGAGCCCAGGACUGCUGCUGGCUCCAGGGGUGAGGUGGGGACAGACGCCCAUUAACCAGCUCACACCUUGGGAUACAGAUGAGCCGCCUGCCAAGCAGCAUCGAGACAGCGAGCCCAGCGGUCCGACCUGGUCUGCACCAGUAGCAGCAGUGAGCCAGCCCAGCCUCCUGCCCCACACCUACACCCUCUCUCAUCAGCCCUCCUUCAGCCACAGUGUGACAGCACAGUCAUCCAUCAUAGGAGUUAACCCAUCCAUCCAGACACCUGUUCCCCCCCAGCACCCUCUCAUGACGGCCCACUUCCAAAUGAUGCCACAGUCCACCCAGCAGCCACCCUCGAUUGUUAUGAGCAUGCCCAGUCAGUCUCCGUACGCCUCCACUCAGCCCACGGUCACAGCGUCAGCCCUCACUGCCCGAGUCAACCAGGUGUUUCCUCCAAACCCUCACAGAUUGAUGAGCAAUGGCCAUGUGACCUCUCACCCCAGCCUCAUUCGGCCCCCCACCCUACCUUUGACCAAUGGACAGGCAGCAGCAGCAGCACUAGCAGCACAGGCUGCUGGACAAGCUGCAGACAAUCCGGACGGUCCUAAUGAGCUGCAAAUGCUGCGGACAGUCGGCAUGGGGAAGUACAAGUUCAGCGACCCGGGACAUCCUAAAGAGAUGUUGAAGGAGUUGAACCAGCAGCGCAGAGCGAAAGAGUUUACAGACCUGAAAAUAAUAGUUGAAGGCAAAGAGUUUGAAGUCCACCAAAAUGUUCUAGCUUCCUGCAGCUUGUAUUUCAAGGACCUGGUGAAAAGGUCGUCAGGGGAGACGAGGAGUGGCGAGGUGCUGGAGCUGAACAUGAGCAACAUCAGUGCAGAUGUUCUGGAGAUGCUGCUCGAGUUCGUUUACACGGGAUCGCUGGUCAUCGACUCGGCCAACGCAAAGACGCUGCUGGAAGCCGCCAACAAGUUCCAGUUCAGCACCUUCUGUAAAGUCUGCGUCUCCUUCUUAGAGAAACAGCUGACUGCAGCUAACUGUCUGGGAGUGCUGGCUAUGGCCGAAGCCAUGAGCUGCACCGAGCUCCACAACAUGGCCAAAGCCUUUGCACUGCAGAACUUCCCCGAGGUGGCAGGACAGGAAGAGAUUCUGAGUGUGUCCAAGGAGGAUCUGGUGUCCUACCUGUCCAACGACAGUCUCAACACCAAGGCUGAGGAGCUGGUCUACGAGACGGUCAUCAAAUGGAUCAAACAAGACCCCGACUCCAGAGUGCAGAAUGUAUCAGAGCUGUUGGCGGUGGUGCGUCUUCCCUUCAUCCACCCGUCCUACCUGCUCAACGUGGUGGAUAACGAGGAGCUGAUCAAAUCGUCUGAGGCGUGUCGGGAUCUGGUCAACGAGGCCAAGCGCUAUCACAUGCUGCCCCACGCACGGCAGGAGAUGCAGACGCCCAGGACUCGGCCCAGGCUAUCUGCAGGUGUAGCGGAGGUGAUAGUUCUGGUGGGAGGGCGUCAGACGAUCGGGAUGAACCAGCGCUCCCUGACAGCAGUCACCUGUUUCAACCCUCAGAACAGUAAGUGGUACCCGCUGGCCAGCCUGCCCUUCUACGACCGCGACUUCUUCAGUGUCAUCUCAGCAGGAGACAACAUCUACCUGUCAGGUGGCACAGAGGGCGGUGUGAUGGUGGCCGACGUCUGGUGCUACAUGUCCCUGCUGGACAACUGGAAUCUGGUGUCUCGGAUGACGGUGGCUCGCUGCAAACACAACAGCGUGGUGUACGACGGAAAGCUCUACACCAUCGGAGGACUGGGAGUAUCAGGGAACCUGGACCAUGUGGAGAGGUACGACACAAUCACCAACCAGUGGGAGACGGUCUCUCCUCUUCCUAAGCCGGUCCAUUCAGCAGCGGCCACAGUGUGCGGAGGGAAGGUCUUUGUGUUCGGAGGGGUCAACGAGGCUGGGCGCUCGGCGGGGGUCCUCCAGUCCUACAUACCACAGAGCAACACAUGGAGCUUCAUUGAAUCACCUAUGAUAGAUAACAAAUACGCCCCUGCAGUGAGUCUGAAUGGGUUAAUAUUCAUCCUGGGAGGAGCCUACGCUCGAGCCACCACCAUCUAUGACCCAGACAAAGGAAACAUCAAGGCCGGUCCCAACAUGAACCACUCUCGGCAGUUCUGCAGCGCUGUGAUUCUCGAUGGGAAGAUCUACGCCACAGGAGGCAUCGUGAGCAGCGAGGGUCCCGCCCUUGGCAACUUGGAGACCUUUGACCCUUACACCAACACGUGGGCGCUCCUACAGUCCCUGCCCUGCCCUCUGUUCAGACACGGCUGUGUGGUCAUCAAGAAGUACAUCCAGAGCAGCUGAGGGCGACUUGGACCCGAUUAGUCUGGGAUCGAUGCCAAACACCAUCUGAGCUUCUGGUUGAAGGACGAUGUGUGACAGCAGCUUAGGAUAGGGGUUAGUCGGUCUGCGACUUCUGGACUUGCCAGCAUCCAUCCAUCCAUCCUGCCACAUCCCGUCCCACCCUUCAAAAAAAGCCCUGUGCAGAAUGUACUCAUGCUCAACUACUCAGCCAUGUCAGGUGACGAUGCCUAACCUUCAGUACUGUACAUGUUGUGGUAGUUGUUCAUCCUCCAUCCAACAGGCACAGGGACCCUCUUAGGAAACUGCUUUUCUAUUGAAGUCCUCAUUGAUUCAGUUGUUUUUUCUGUAAACUCGUCCCUUCAUAUUUCUAUACUCCGAUGAUGCUCAGUGAAAGCUGUGUGAUGCAGGGUGAGAUAUCUGUCCCUUUUGAUACUUGUGUUUGACAGGCUGAAGGCUUCACAGUUCUAUCUUAGAGAGCAGAACAUGUUUGAGAAUCAUUUUCAGUUGAGACAUAAAAUAAAGGAAAGGUCUGUUGAACCCUUUGAGUGGAUUUGAAGUGUCUCUUCUUUUUUCUCUUUGUUCAGAAAUGAAAUUCCCUCAUUGAGUUAAGAGCUCAUUUUAAAAACGUAAUUAUGUAACCCAGUUAUUUUAAACUUUGUGACAUGGUAAACAGGAACAUCCUAAACAUGUGGGUCAGGUAGGAUUAUAAGGAAAAUAAAAUCUUCUUUUUCUUUGUCAAAUUCCAGACUGAUUGAGAGAGAAUCUGCUGAUCUGUUUUUUUCUUUCAUUUGAAUUCUACUCUCUGGAACAAAGACAACAUUUUAUGGAGACAGAAAGGGAAUUCUUUCAGAUAAAGUUGGGGAAAAAAAGCACAAUAACUACCCAUGACUGAUAUCAUAAAAGUUUAUGUAUUGAUUCAUGCUUUUAUCUGUUUCAUUGGUUUCCUUGAACGUCCUUCAUGUUUUAUACGACGCGUUUCAUUGUGAGCCACAUCUUGAGUUGGAUUUGUAUUCUGUAAAUACAAAGUACAAAAUGUGUAUAUUUUAAAACCUGAAAGAAGUUCUGUACAAAUGUUUUUAAGACUUGAAGAACAAUCUGUAAAUAUGACAAAGUAUGUCUGUAAAUGUGUGUAAAAAGGAGAAUUUCACAGGAAUUAUUCAAACCUAAUACAAAUAUCAGAACAUGGAACUGUGUCAUGUCUGUGUGUUAUAUUGAAUAAUGAAUCAAGA